GGUAUAGGUUAGUUAGUCCAUAGCGAGUACUACUACUAUGAAAGAGAAAACCACAUCACAACAAAACAGUAGGACGUGGGAAUUGUGUGCAAGAAGUGAAAAGUCACAAUCCCGCACAUGAUUGGGCGAGUUUAAUUGAUUGAGGAGUGUUAUCUAAACACAAAAUUUGGGGACACAAAAUUGACACCCCUUUUUACCACUCACAUGCACGAAAAUUGACACAAAAUUCGAUGAUAUGUAAUUUUAACUGUCCGAUCCCCACACAUACCUUAAUCAAAUAUAUCUAUAUAUAAAUAGCAGAGCAGAGCACAAGGCACAAAGAGCAUGGCUUCCACUAUAGGUUGUGUGACACUAACCUUAAGCUUGGUUCUAGCUGUUUUAUUUGCUCUCACGGUUCAAGUCUUCUACUUCUCACCUAUAGAUCCACUUUUGCUUGAAAUACCACCUUCUGUAUUUUCAAUUUCUUCAACCAAAAACAACAAAUUACAGAAUGUGAUUAAACUUGGAGAAGGGUUGAAGCAACCAGAAGAUGUUUGUGUGGAUAAAGAUGGUGUUUUAUAUACAGCUACAAGAGAUGGUUGGAUUAAAAGAAUGGUUAGGAAUGGAAAAUGGGAGAAUUGGAAGCAUAUAAAUAGCUCUACUUUGCUUGGAAUCACGACAUCAAAAGAUGGUGGUCUCAUUGUUUGUGAUACUAGUUUGGGUUUGCUCAAAGUUACAGAAGAAGAUGGUUUCAGUGUUAUCCUUUCACAAGUAAAUGGUUCUCAAUUAAUAUUUGCGGACGAUGUAAUAGAAGCAUCAGAUGGGAAUAUAUAUUUCAGUGUUGGUAGUACUAAAUUUAGUUUACACAAUUGGCAUCUGGAUUUGCUAGAGGCAAGACCUAAUGGACAACUUUUAAAGUACAAUCCCAUGUCAAAUGAGACUGCUAUUGUCCUUGAUGAUUUGUUUUUUGCAAAUGGUGUUGCACUAUCCAAGGAUGAAGAUUAUCUUAUAGUCUGUGAAACUUGGAAAUUUAGGUGUGUGAGGAAUUGGCUAAAAGGAAUUAACAAAGGCAAAACAGAUAUCUUCAUUGAAAACCUCCCUGGUGGUCCUGACAAUAUCAAUCUUGCUCCUGAUGGCUCAUUUUGGAUCGCUUUGGUUCAAAUAACUUCAGAAAGGUUCGGUUUUGUGCACACCUCUAAGGUAUGCAAGCACCUGUUAGCUUCAUUUCCAAGGCUAUUUAAUCUUAUCAAUAGUGCAACAAAGUCAGCAUUGGUGGUAAAUGUCGGAACUGAUGGCAAGAUUAUCAGAAAGUUUGAUGAUAAUGAAGGGAAGGUCAUUAGUUUUGUAACUUCAGCUGUGGAAUUUGAGGACCAUCUUUACCUAGGUAGUCUUCAUUCCGACUUUGUCGGAAAAUUACCACUGUGAAGUGCAAACCAGUGAAGUUCAGCUCCUAACUGAAUAAGGGAUGUGUAUCUUAUGCAGUUAUGUGUAUUGAUAUCCAAGCACAUCUCGUAGAAUACUAUCCAUAUUAUGUAAAUUUGUCUGUCAUUGAUCUGAAGAAUAAUAAACGAAACAUUAGUAGUCAGCAAAAAAUAAGACAGACAAUAAGAUUCACUGUCAUUUGUGUGAAAAAUGAAACUAGAGAACUUCUCAAAUUUCCCAAAGUUUGGCACUUCAUACAUAUUGUAACUAAAACUCAAAAACUUGAAUAGUUCAUACAAGUGUCAAUCUACUGUAUCCUCUUCUUCUUUUCUA